AUGGCCUUCCAGUACCUUGCCAUCCUUACGCUCUUUGUCGCCGCCAGCGCUGGGGUUGUGCCUGUCCAGCAGGUUUACCAUGCUGCAGCUGCUCCCGCUGUUUCCUAUGCUCAUGCCCCAGUGGCUGUUGCCCAUGCCCACCCAAUUCUGGCCAAGCAUGACGAUGAGUACGAUCCCCAUCCUCAGUACAAGUACGCCUACGAUGUGCAAGAUGCCCUCUCCGGCGACUCCAAGAGCCAAGUGGAGGAGCGCGAUGGCGAUGUAGUCCGCGGCGAGUACUCGCUGGUGGAUGCCGAUGGCUACAAGCGCACUGUCCAGUACACCUCGGACCCUGAAAAUGGCUUCAACGCUGUGGUUAACCGUGUGCCCGUCGACCAUGUCAAGACCGUCUCUGCCCCCGUUGCAGUUGCUACCGCCCCACUGCCCGUUGCCUAUCACCACUAGCAGAAUCACUGA